AUGGGACUUCCUAUGUAUGUUUCACCAUCUCUGUCAAAGAGACAGCUUCCACCGAAACAGCCAACGUCACCACCAUAUACACCACAAGUCGAAGACGACUUGGAAGAAGCUUACCAAAACUCUAGAACAAGUGCCUUUGGUAAUGGUCGCGAUUUUGUUCAUCGAAACCCUGCUACUUCAUCGCUACCUAUAUACAGCGAUAUACCGGAGCCUAGAUUUGUGACUCAGCCAGAAACAAGGAGCCAGAGGCCAAGGUCUACUACUCUACCGUAUAAUGUAGUUCAGCAACACAUACAAAGGCUUCAUCAACUUCAUCAAAUUCACCGUACAAGAGAACCAUCAUCAAAUUUGGCUUCAAGGCGUGGGUUACAUUCCGCACACCUUUUAAAUCUUAAUCGUACACAGCAACAGUUAUUGCAGCAGCAGGCUGCGCUGAGGUUACAAGAUAGGAAUCUUAAUAGUGAACUUGCUUUUGCCGCUGCUAGGGAAAGAUUAGACGAAAAUAACGAUGGUGGUAUUCAAAGACAUAAUAAUAUCAAUGAUCAUAUCAAUCCUUCACAUCGUAAUCAUUCUUCAAGUGCCGCGUUAGAUAAUGUCAUUAGAAGGGUUAAUUUGUUGAGACAACAUCAUGAAAGUAGAUUUAUGAGGCCGUCUUCAUCUAGACAUUCCUCAUCUAGACAUCAUAGAUCAAUAACAGGACAUACUUCUGGAAGAUCUUCAAAUUCACGAAAUUCUUCAUCAACGGUAAAUUUAGAACGUAGAGAUGAGUUAGUUCAACGUGGAAUUGAUAUUCCUUCCUCAUCAACGGUUCGUCUUCCGACCUCUCAACUUCCAGAACCAACUAUGUUAUAUCCCAAUGAACAUAACGCAUCGCCAUCUCCACCUGUUCCAAGACUUUCAACUUGGCGUCACAUUCGUAGAGGCGUUAAUUGGCCAAUGGAUUCACAGUCACAGCCACAACCACAGCCAAUUCAGAGAUCAGAACGAAGAUCUUCGUUCGCUGACGAUUUUUAUUCAACAACGAACAUUCCUCAUCAUUUUGGAGAAGUUCCCGACGAUCAUCAUCAUAUAUCCCGUAUACUGUCGCCAAUACCCAGGAGGUAUGACGCUAGAUUAUCCGCAUCUUUACCUAAUGGAAAUGAGCAUGAAUUAUUGGAAACUAAUGUUGAUAAUAGAUCAAAUGUAGAUAGAGUGUUAAAUGGAAAUGAUUCUGUAAGAACAGAACAAAGAGGUUCAGCAUCAGGGGAGGUUUGUUAG